AUGGCAGAUGCUGUGAACAACAAGCAGCUCACAGAGCAUUCCGAGUAUCACAAACCCUCUAUGCGUCAUGUGGCCGGCCAGAUUGGAGCGGCACACUUGUACAUUGAGGAUGCUGAUGGCCAUGUGAUCGAGCGUGCGCGUAUUCCGCGUCCCACAAACGACCCUCGUGAUCCGCUGUCGUGGAGUGCAUCGCGUCGUCAUCUAGCAUUUGUCGCCAUCUCCAGUGUUGUUUUCCUCUCCAACUUUAGCAUCGGCACUGUUACCCCCGGCUUGACCCGCAUCAUCGAGGAAUUUGACAUCUCGCUGAGCCAGGCCAGCUAUCUGAUCACCUCGCAAAUUCUGACUCUGGGCGUAGGGAACCUCUUCUGGAUUCCGCUGUGCCUGAAAUUUGGCAAGCGCCCAACGACCAUUAUUUCAGUAGCACUCUUUCUCGCAACGUUUGCUUUUCAGAUUGCUGAUGUCUACUUUCUUCAUGAACGCGGAACUAUGGUUGGCAUUUACUCAAUGGCGAUUGCAAUCGGCGCAGCCUUUGGCGGCAUUUUUGCCGGCAUUACUGUCCACUACACGAACAACUGGCGCUGGGGACUUGGCCUGCACACCAUCCUCACCGGCAUUUCGUUUUUGAUGGUUCUGUUCUUUUUGGCAGAGACCAACUUUGACCGCCCGGCAGAGUCAGAGCUGGGUCUUGAGGCCGUCUCCGUCUCCGACCAUGGCACAGCGGUGGAAGUGGCAGCACCACGGAGCGCUUUGGCCACGUGGGCUCACGGGUUAAAGGCUUGGGGCUGGUAUGACCACAAAACAUCUUUGCUCACGCACUUUUGGUGGCCUAUCAAGGUCAUGUACUACCCCGCCGUGAUCUGGUCCUCACUUUUAUAUGGAGUCAUCCUCGGCUGGGUUGUCAUUGAGCAAACGGUCGACGCCACAGCCUUUCCUGAGAUCUAUGGCUUCAGCGACCUCGGCGUCGGGAACCUGAACAUUGCGGCCUUUAUCGGAGGAACCAUUGGCUGCCUUGUGGGUGGUCCUGCGUCGGACUACUUUGUUGCUUAUAUCUCCCGUAAACAGCAGGGCUACUUCAGGCCGGAGAAGCGACUUUAUUUCCUCGUUCUGGGAUUCAUUAUUGGUCCUAUCGGCUUGAUGCUCUGGGGCGCCGGACUGCAGAACCAGCUUCACUGGUCUGUCCCCGUCGUUGGAUGGGGUAUCUCUUACUGUGUACUCUGCCUCGUUCCCACCGUUGCCAUCACCUACGUUGUUGACUGCUACCGGCCGCUGGCUGGUGAAACGUUGACGGGCAUGACGGCUUUCAAGAACACGUUUGCCUUUGCGCUCAGCUUCGGCGAGGCCUCGUGGAUCUCACGCGACGGCUAUGUGGCGACUGCCGGAUAUAUGCUGCUGAUUGAGGUUGUUUUGCUGCUGACGGGCAUUCCCAUGUGUAUAUAUGGUGAGAGGCUGAGGAACUGGACGUUGAAGAGCGUAACGGAAGAAGAGAGUUGA